GGGGGGGAAUGGCCAUAUAAAUCCCUUCCCCUCCCCCGCAAUCCUUCAGUUCGAUUAAUAUCAGCAUCAGCUUCGACAUCACAUUCAUCGCAACUUCCACUCAAACAACUCAAACUCAAACUUCGAAGAAAUCAGCACAAUGGGCGGCAACUUCCACACCUCGGCUCAAGACAUCGUCCUGAAGGACGGCCACAAGCUGAAAUGUGAGCUCAAGAACAACAGUGGCCGCACCGUAAGUGCCAGCCUGGACCUCAACCACUACGUCGGCAACACUGAUGGCUGGUUCAAAUGGAACGGCCGCGAUUUCACCAGAUCGGCCAAGAACAUCUCCCUUGUGCAUGGUGACGGCGGGCCCAAGCUCGAGGCGGAUUUGUUGUGCGCAGACGGCAGCUACCGGGCGCGCCAGGGACUUCACAUCGCUGAUCGGAUCGAGAACAGGAACGGGGAGUUGGUUUUCCUGCACGACUAGAGUUCCCCUGUCAACGCGAAGGACUAGGGUUGAUGGCCGAGUGAGAGAGUGAGUGAGCUGGGAGUUUUUUUUCUUUCUUGUGGACAUGUAUUGGAGCAUCGUGCGCGUGGACAAAAUGCAAACCGAAGCGCAUACUCAACCAA